GCGACAGGCUUACGUGAGACACGGAAUGUGAUUUUCCGGAAAAUCCUGGAAUUCCGUGCAUUUAUUUGCUGAAAAAUGCUGCGAAACGUAGCGGUAUCGGCUUUCCGCCGAUCGGUUCUUCCCCGUGUCGUGUUCCGCGCCGCAACAACAAACACAAUUUUGGCCGGCCCCGUUUCGACGAGAGGUUUUUCCACAAUCUUACGGAAUACGGAACCCGCCUUGCGGUCUGCCAUCGUUGGAGUACAGUCCAUCAAACCGUCGCAAUCGCUCGGCCUACUAGAUGCGGUUCAAGCCUGCCCUCAGCUUCAGACUCAACCUUGCCGAACCGUGAUCAAGUUCUCGAUGCGCAAAGGCAAAAGGAAGACGGUAAAGGCAGUGGUGAAGCGGUUCAAGCGCCUCGAUUGGGGCGGCUGGAUCCGAACUCUGUCCGGACGGCACAAGAAGCUGUGGCGGAAGAGGGCUAACCGAAAGCGGCGUCUACGGCAGCACGUUCUUGUGAACGCGACUCAGGCCACCCUCCUCGAUAAGAUGGUCACGAAGUACUGGAAGCGCCCUCGGCAUUACAUCAACGAUCCGUACACGCCCUAUCAUACCCGCGAAGAGUUUGUGUACACGCGGCGGAGGGCGCUAAAGUGAUCUACGUGAUCCUGUGCUCUGAUUAGUAGUGAAAGUAAAAAAUGACUCAAAAAG